AUGACGGGAACAGAUGACUCCCACAAUACUGCCAAGGUCAACUACGAAGGGAGCAUCAGCACCACCAUCGCCAACGGCACCGGCAUCAGCAUCGCUCCACCACGCCACACCACCGGCAUCAGGCCACCAUCGCCACCGGCAUCAGCAUCGGCACCGCCUUCACCACGCCACACCAUCGGCAUCAGCACCGGCAUCAGCAUCAGCAUCACCACCAUCACGGCAUCAGCAUCACCACUGACCACCAGCCUCAGCACAACUAUCGCCACACCACCGGUCUCCAGGAUCGCACCACCACCGCCGCCACACCACCGACCUCAGCAUCGCAUCAGCACCAUCCACCACAUCAACGGCGUCAGCAUCAGCGCCACCAUCGCCACACCAUCGGCCUCAGCUUCAGCACCACCACCCGCGCGACCGGCAUCAGCAUCAGCGCUACCACCACGCCACCGGCAUCAGCAUCAGCACUACCUGCCCACGCCACCGGCAUCGGCAUCAGCACUGCGCCUUCACCACACGCCACGCAUCGGCUUGGCGCCAGCAUCCACCACCAUCAGCAACGGCGUCAGCAUCAGCACCACCACCACGCCACCGGCAUCAGUACCAUCCACGCACUACCACCGCGCCACCGGCAUCAGCAUCAGCACCGCCUUCACCACCACGCCACCACCAUCGGCGUCAGCGUCAGCAUCAGCAUCAGCAUCAGUAUACCACAUCAACGGCAUCAGCAUCACCGCUGCUACACCCACCAGCCUCAGCAUCGAGCACUACCGCAGCACGCCACCGGUUAUCCGGGAUCAACACCGCCGGCACCACAGCGCACCACACCCUCGGCAUCAGCGUCUGCAUCAACACCACCACCACAUCAACGGCAUCAGCAUCAGCGCCACCAUCGCUUUGCACCACCGGCGUCGGCAUCAGCAUCACCACUAUCAACACUGCAUCGGCGUCGGCAUCAGUAGCCACUAUCGCAUCGCACCACACCACCGGCGUCAGCACCCCCAUUUGCCACACGCCAAUGGUACACCAGCGCCACCAUCCGCUACUACCACCAUACCAACGGCGAUCGUCAAUACCAUCACCGCCGACACCAACGGCAUCAGCAAUUCACCGCCCACCAUGCCGGACCACUACACCACACUACACCCAUCAGCAUCAGCACCGCCAAUACCAUGCACCACACCACUUUCACCACCAUCGGCAUCGGCGCCAGCGCCGGCGCCCAGCUACGCCAUUCCAGGCGAGCUCUGGGGCUGGGAUCCAUACAUGUACACUCUUAAUGCAUUAAAUCGGUGGUUCCAGAAAUAUCCUGAAUGGUAA